AUGGCAGACAAAGCACUUCGCAUCAAGCACAAGGCCAUGAUCAAUGUCGACCUGGGCGAGGGAUAUGGAAAUUGGACUUGCGGACCGGAUUCCGAGACAUUGCUACCCCUGAUUGAUCAUGCCAAUAUUGCUUGUGGCUUCCAUGCCUCAGAUCCACUCAUCAUGCUGGAAACCGUUCGGAAAUGCAAAGUUCACGGCGUCAAGAUCGGCGCACAUCCCGGAUUUCCUGACAUUCAAGGGUUCGGCCGGCGGGAAAUGAACUUGUCCCUUGAAGAACUUACAGCGAUCACGAUCUAUCAAGUAGGAGCGCUGAAGGGAUUCCUUGACCACGAAGGCGUGCCGCUCCACCACGUCAAGCCUCACGGGAUGCUCUACAGUGUCUGCUGUAGAGAUUACGAAGCAGCAAGGGCUGUAUUCCAGGGCGUUCCCAAGGGCGUUCCAGUCUUUGGACUCGCAGGAACAUGUAUGGAGCAAGUCGCGCACGAUAUGGGUAUCGAAUUCAUUGCCGAGUUCUUCGCAGAUGUCAAGUACUCUCCUGAUGGCACAUUGCUCAUUGAUCGAAGGAAACAGCCUUGGGACGUUGGAGACAUCAACCGACGAGUUACACAGCAGCUGGAGACGUGUACCGUGACUGCCAUCGAUGGUUCAUCUUGUACACUCCAAAUAAACGACCACCGUAUUUCGAUAUGUUGCCAUUCCGACAGUCCUGGCUGCAUCGACAUCGUGAAGGAGACUAGAAGGGUGGUUGAUGCCUUCAACGAAAAGCACUUUCCUAGCGGUUAG